AUGGACGAAGACCAGCCUGCAGCCAAAAUUCAAAAUGUGAAUGAAUUUUCGAAGCAAUGUCUUGGUUCAUUGAUGCAGUUCAUUAAAUCAAGCCAUGGCCUCCCAUCUGCAGGAGAUGAUCAUGAAUUCUACACAAGUUUUGCUGUUUUGAAAUCUAAAGCAGAAUCUGUUAUUUUAGACAACUUAAGUGAAAAUGAAGGCAAUUCACUCGCUAUAUCCAACCUUAUACAACAAGUACGACAUUCUAAAGCUGGAGACUUAGCAAUAUAUGAUCAUCCGUAUAAAUAUGAACUUCAACAUUUUAAACCUUUGUCCUCACAACUGGAAAAACCAACCCCUGUCAAGUAUGGCCCAAUAGAUCCAGAUUCCUGUAUAUUUGUUGAUCAAGUAAAUGCACUACAUAAGUUAAUGGAUGAACUGAAGGAAGCAUCAGAGAUAGCUGUUGAUUUGGAAGCUCAUUCAUAUCGUUCGUAUCAAGGAAUAACUUGCUUGAUGCAGUUGUCCACACGAACGAAAGACUACAUUGUUGACACAAUUGCAUUAAGAGCGGAAUUGAAUAUUUUGAACCAAGUUUUUGCAAAUCCUAACAUCAUUAAAGUUUUCCAUGGAGCGGACUCGGAUAUUAUUUGGUUACAACGUGACUUUGGGAUUUAUGUUGUAAAUCUAUUCGAUACGGGUCAAGCAGCAAGAGCAUUAGGCCUUCAAAGACAUUCUCUUGAUUAUCUUCUUACACAUUAUUGCAAUGUACAAGCUGAUAAAAAGUACCAGCUAGCUGAUUGGAGGAUUAGACCUUUACCUAAAGAGAUGCUUCUAUAUGCACAGGGAGACACUCAUUACCUGUUAUAUGUAUAUGACAUGAUGAGGUUGGAUCUCGUUAAAACUGGGGAUCCUGGGUUACUGCACAAAGUAAUUGAUAAAAGCCGUGAUAUCUGUUGUUUAAAAUAUGAAAAACCGAUCACUAAUGACACCUCUCAUCUUGUUCUGCUGGAAAAACAUAAAAGAAGGGGAGGAAAAAAAGAUUUCAGGCCGCAGCAAAUAGAAGCGCUGAGGUUGAUAUUUGCAUGGAGGGAUGGACUCGCUAGGCAGGAGGAUGAGAGUUGUGGGUAUGUGUUGCCCAACCAUAUGCUGCUGCAGAUAGCGGAGAUAUUACCACGUGAAGCACAAGGUGUUCUGGCUUGUUGUAACCCCAUCCCACCAUUGCUGCGCCAACAUGUGUUGGCUGUUCAUCAACUUGUAGUAGAAGCAAGAAAUAAGGUGUUUAAGUCAGAUAAUGGAGGGCUGGAGAAAGUUGAAACCAGGUUCCCAGCCCCAGCUAAGUUGGAAGAUGAUUAUUCAAACUUAUUGCACUGCCCACAUGAUUUAUCAUUUCAAUCACGCAUGGAAACUGAUUCAUCAAUGAAUAUGGAAAGUUCGGAAUCAAAGUAUUCGUUGGUUAAGAAUUCAAGCUUGUUGGGAAGUUUUAGUGAAGAUGGGAAUGUUUCAGAUGGCGACAAAUCAUUGAAUAUUGUGAGCACGCAAAGCGAGGUAGCGACUCCGGAGAUAAAACAAAAAGUUGAAAGGAUAAAUAAAGAGGGUUGGAAUCCUUUCCUUAUCUACAUGCCUACUGAUGAAGCAGAUGGGAAGGUAAAGAGAAGUUUGUCGGAAAGUGAUGCCAGUCAAAGACUUACCCUCAAAAAUAUGCUCUCGGGUAACUUUGUGUGGAAACUGAAGAAGCUUCCCGGACAGGAAGAGGAGAAAAAGGUCGUCAAAGAAGAGCCGAAGACGUUCGGGAAGAUCCUUGAUGUUCCAUCAGAUGCGUAUCAUGAUACUCAACGACAAACACAGGUUUUGAGGAAAUUGGUCAAACAACGUGGUGGUUUGAAUAAAGGUCUAAACACUCGGCAUUCUUCAAGUUUGCCGGAAACACCGGUUGGUUCGUUACGUGAGAGAGUAAGUGAGUUUGUGCCCGACCAUUACAAGGGUCGGAAACGAGGUGGCUAUCAUUCACCUCGUGGUAAGAAUGUACAAGCUAGCCCACAAAAGCGACCCUUCACCCCACACGAGUAUACGGACGGCGAUUAUAAGAAGUUCCAAAAGUCAAAACCAAGGGGUGAUUUUAGAAAACGGAAAUUUAAAAGAAACUAAUUUGUUUGGUUGUAUUGGGUAAAGACUGUAAACUUAUUAAUGCUGCUUAAUUGGUUUAUCUGCAUUGAAUUAUCUGGUUGCUUCUAAAUACAAAGAGAAACAGCGCGU